AAUUUUGUGAUUCUCGUCCAAACGUUUGAGCUUCAUCGUUAACAGAUAACUUUCAUUGAUAGUUCCGAAGGUGCGUUCAUUGAGGCGCUCCGUUUAUUCGCAACGGCUACGGGAACACUAGGAAUGGGGACUAUGAGCUCCUGUGGGGACGAAGUUGCGGAAAAAGUAUCCGAAUGGCUGCGCUGGGACAAGAACCCAAAGACCAGAGAUGAGAUACAGAACCUUCAGAACAAUGGAAGCAAAGAGAAACUCCAGCAACUCAUGCUUGAUCGACUGACCUUUGGAACAGCCGGCCUCCGUGGAGUCAUGGGUGCUGGAUAUGCGGCCAUGAAUGACUUGGUCAUCAUACAGACAUCUCAAGGGCUAGCCAAAUAUUUGCUGAGUGUGUCGCCUGACUGCACAAGGAAGGGCGUGGUGAUCAGCUACGAUGGUCGUUAUAACAGCCACAGGUUUGCCCGCCUUACAGCUGUUGCCUUCAUCCAGUGCAACAUUCCUGUCUACCUCUUCUCCAAGAUCACCCCCACCCCAUUUGUACCUUUCUCCGUACUUCGAUUGGGUUGUGCGGCUGGUGUCAUGGUUACUGCAUCUCAUAACCCAAAGAAUGACAAUGGCUACAAGGUUUAUUGGGAUAAUGGUGCUCAGAUAAUACCACCUCAUGACACUGGAAUUCAAGAGAGCAUUGAACAAAAUUUGGAGCCAUGGGAGCAGGCAUGGGAUGUGGAGCUUACGGUUAACUCUUCGCUCUGCAAAGACCCACUAGGAGAUAUUAGCAAGCAGUACUAUGCUGCUAUGGAGCGUCAUAUUUAUGACAAGGCUCAAGCUGAGGAAUGUGGUGUAACAUUCACCUUUACUUCCAUGCAUGGUGUUGGCCACUCUUAUGUAGUGAAAGCAUUUGAGACAUGCGGUUUCAAGAAGUAUGUGCCAGUCCGUGAGCAAAUGGACCCAGAUCCAGAGUUUCCAACUGUUCAGUUCCCUAACCCAGAAGAAGGAAAGAGCUCUUUGGACCUUUCUUUUCUGACUGCGAACAAUGCAAACAGCAGAAUCAUACUGGCCAAUGAUCCAGAUGCAGACAGACUUGCUGUAGCAGAGAAACAACCCAGUGGUGAGUGGAAAGUCUUUACUGGAAAUGAGAUAGGAGGACUCCUCGGGUGGUGGCUUUGGCAUUGUCUUCGUAAAAAGUCUCCUGGAGUCUCUGCAAAGGAUGUCUACAUGAUUGCCAGCACUGUGUCUUCAAAGAUCCUAAAGGCCAUUGCUGCAAAAGAAGGAUUCAACUUUGAGGAGACAUUGACUGGAUUUAAGUGGAUGGCAAACAAGGCUAUUGAACUUAUAAAGCAAGGAAAGACAGUAUUGCUUGCUUUUGAAGAGGCAAUCGGGUACAUGUGCGGCACUGAUGUGUUGGACAAAGAUGGUGUUACUACAGCAAUGCAUGUAGCACAGAUGGUUGCUUACUUGGAAACACGAAGCUUAACCUUGACAGAUCAGCUUCGCAACAUUUACAGAGAGUAUGGCUACCACGUCUGCUGCUCAUCAUACUACAUCUGUCAUCAUCAGCCCACAAUCAAAAAGAUGUUUCAUCGUUUGCGCAAUUGUGGUGGUGCUGGUAAGUACCCCCUCACAUUCGGUCCAUAUGCUGUGAGAUACAUCAGGGACCUCACAACUGGAUACGACAGCACACAGCCUGACCUCAAAGCGGUACUGCCUACAAGUUCUUCAAGUGAAAUGAUCACUUUCUACCUUGAGAAUGACUGUGUUAUCACCAUUAGGACAAGUGGCACAGAACCCAAGAUAAAGUACUACAGUGAAAUUUGUUCCAAGCCAUUCCUCCCUGAAACGGAGUGGCAAGCACUGGCUCAAGAACUCAAAGAAAUUUGCGGACACAUGGUUAGCGAGUGCUUCCAACCAGAGAUCAAUGGUUUCAUACCCAAGAGUGACUAAGGUGCCUUCAGGCAUUUCUUGUGUUUCAGGAUUGUUAUCACCCUAUGAUGUACAGACAAAUGUAUAAAACAGGAGCUUUACCCUCAA